AUGUCGUGCAUCCACGCCAUGUCCCUCCUCCUCCUGUCAUCGUCAUGCUUCGCCCACGCCAAGCAGAUCAAGGCCAAGUUGACGCCCUGGAGCAUCCAUGUCUCCAAGCCUGGCGGCGGCACCAGGAGCCUCGCCUUCGAGCACAUCUGCCCUAGCAACAAGAACACCCCUGUGUGCACGGCGUCCGCGGAUCAGCCGGACGGCGCGGAAAGCGUCUGUGGGCACCCACUCGGCCGGCAAUUCCACCCCAAGACCGGUGACCUUUACAUCGCCGACGCGUACCUAGGCCUGAUGAAGGUUGGGCUAGGCAGCAGCGAGGCCGAGGUGCUGGCGACGGAGGCCGGCGGCGUGCCUUUCAACUUCGUCAACGGCGUCGACGUCGACCGGGGCACGGGCAACGUCUGCUUCACCAAAUCCAGCACCGUGUACACGUGCGCGCAUAACACGGAGAUCAUGAUCCACCGUGACGCCAUCGGGCGGCUGCUCAGGUAUGACGCGCAAUCCCGACGCGCCAUCGUGCUCAAGACCGGCCAGCCGUACCCCAAUGGCGUCGCCCUGAGCGCCAGCCGGACGCACGUCAUGGUGGCGCACAUGGGGCCGUGCCAGGCAUUCAGGUACUGGCUCAGGGGGCCCAAGGCCGGCCAUUACGAGCUGCUCGCCGACCUGCCGGGCUACCGGACAACGUCAGGAGUGACGACAAGGGAGGCUACUGGUUCGCGCUCAACCGGGAGAAGAUCAACGCGAUGGAUCCAGAGCACCUCGUCGGCGUUCGGGUCGACUCUAAGGGAGCACGAGGUGAUGAUGGCGCCCAAGGGCGUCAUGCUUAGCGACAUCGCGGAGAAGGAUGGCAACCUGUUGCUGGGAUCCGUGAAACUCAACUACGUCGGCCUAGCUAGUUGA